AUGGCGGCACCUUCAUCAUUCACCGAUGCGGUGGUGACUGCAAUGAGAAGACUCUUCCCCGAAGAGCUAGCAGACAGUGCCUGGGACAAUACUGGAUUACUGCUGGAACAGGCACCGUCCUUCAAAUCCAAGGCGGAAACCGGAGCUGCUCCCACUGUUCUCCUCACAAAUGACUUGACUGAACUGGUGGUGGACGAGGCUCUGCAAGAGGGAGCCGACAUGAUUGUGUGCUACCACCCGGUCAUCUUCAGGCCUCUCAAGUCCCUGACGACAAAGGACCCCAUGCAGACCCAGCUCCUCCGACUGAUAGCUGCAGGCGUGUCUGUCUACUGUCCACAUACAGCAAUGGAUGCAGCGAGCGGGGGAUUGAACGACUGGCUCUGCGACAUUCUGCUAGCUGGCUCGCCUCAGGUUCAACGAACAGUCGUUCAACCUAUAACACGGCCGGUGCCGAAGGACCACGAGGGAAGUGGUUAUGGCCGAACCGUCGAGUUGAGCGAGUCCAUCACAUUGCAGACCCUGAUGAGACGGCUGUCAGCUGGUGUCGGCGACCAACGAUAUAUGAUGGUCGCCCUUCCGCCGUCCCUCAAAGGCCUAGGCAAGACCCAGGAUAUCUCCAAGAUUGCCGUUUGCGCCGGUUCUGGCGCAGACAUCCUCAAAAACACCGACGCACAGGUGUUGGUGACGGGCGAAAUGGCCCAUCACUAUGCACUUCGCCACACCCAGCUCGGCCAGAUCGUUGUCACUGUCUUCCACAGCAACUCGGAGCGCAAGUACCUAGAGCAGAGAUUGAAGCCGAUGCUCGAUGUCCAGCUGGAAACCACCAAAUACGGUAACGCACGAGUGCUUGUGAGCAAUGCUGACCGCGAUCCGUUUGAGAUAGUCGACGUCCAGUCAUUGUCAUAG